GACUGACACACUGACCGACACACCAGCAGACAGCGAUCACAGCUUCUCAAUCCGCGGCAGACAGGCGGACAUCAGCGGCCGGAGCCUGGGAAACGCUGCUCCCAACUUGCUACAGGUGCGCACUACCCGGAGGUUUGGCCGUGAACAGCAGAUCACUCUACAUCCUACAUCCAGCAUACAACCAGACAUUCAAUGGCUCGUGGAAGCAGGAGAAAUAUAACAAUGAUGAUGAUAACAGACCUGUUCUGGAACAUUGGGUGGCUGCUAACCCUAAACCUCACCAUGUUAUUUGCAGCCUGCCCUGACCAGGAUCCAGAUCUCCAAAUAUGGAACCCUGGACAUAACAAGGAACACCAUGCCCACAUUGGACGUAAUCGGAAACUGCUUCUAUCAUCUUCAGCGACAGUCAAUUCUAUUCAUAUCUUUGAUGGAGGCAAACUAGUCAUUUCAGACAGUGGCAAAGAUCCUAUUGUUCUUCGGACACGAAAUAUCCUGAUUGAAGAUGGCGGGGAGUUUCAUGUGGGAAGUGAAGAUUGCCCCUUUCAAAGAGAUGUCACCAUCAUUUUGUAUGGAAGAUCUGAUGAAGAAACGGAAAAUAUUCAUAGCUACUUUGGGCUGAAGUAUAUUGGUGUUAGUCGAGGAGGGACACUGGAGAUUCAUGGAGCUCAUAAACUGUCCUGGACAUUUUUGAACAGUACCCUGCAUCCUGGUGGAAUGAGAGAAGGCGGCUAUUAUUUUGAAAGGAGCUGGGGACAUCGAGGCAUCAUUGUUCAUGUCAUUAAUCAGCUUGGAGAUGUGAUCCAUUCAGACAGAUUUGAUACGUAUAAAAGCACAGAUGAAAGUAAGAGACUUGCUGAGUACUUGGACAGAGUUAAAAAAGGCCUGAUAAUAUCGGUGGCUGUGAAUGACGAAGGAUCGACAAAGCUGGAUGAGUUUGCCAGGAAUGCCCUGUCAAAGCUGGGCAGCAAGUAUUUCAGACGCCUGGGGUUCAGGCAUCCUUGGAGCUUUGUCACUGUUAAAGGUUCCCCUGAAUCUUCUGCUGAGGAUCAUGUUGUUUAUCAAGGUGCCAGAGGAUCCGCUGCAGCAAAAGUAUUCAAACUUUUCCAGUCCCCAAAUGGUGAUCACUUUACUGUGGGUUCAGUAAGUGAGUGGGUACAAGAUGUGGAGUGGACUGCCUGGUUUAACCGGGAUGAUGAGCGAGGCUCUGGAGACUGGGAAAAAUUGACGGACUUGAAAUCUGCUUUUCCUGGAAAAAUCUGUGAGAGUCCAAUUGACAUGCAGGUUGCAACUGUUGAUGGGAUUCCAGCCCAUCUAACAGCACAGGUUUUCCAUAAGCAUGAUCUGGACUAUGGGUUUGUUUGCCGUAAUAAGGAUCAGGUUAAUGGCAUCUGCCAUAACUACAAAGUACGCUUCCUUUGUGGUAAACCAGUGUGGCCCAAGGUGACGGUUACCAUAGAUAGACAUAUUAACAGCAGCAUUGUGGACUUAGCGGAAGAUGCCAGCACAUGGAAAGCCGGCGAUGUCGUUUUUGUUGCCAGCACAGAUUAUUCUAUGUAUCAGACUGAAGAAUUUCAGCUUCUACAUUGUCCGGAAUGCAAAGAAAAUCAAGUCAAGCUUCAAGGAAAAGCCAAGUAUUUGCACAUGGGACGGGAAGUAGAUGGCGUCGACAUGCGAGCAGAAGUGGGAAUACUAUCCAGAAACAUCGUCAUCAUGGGAGAAAUGGAAGCACAGUGCUACGGCAACAAUGCUUGCACGUAUUUUGAGUUUGACACAGUUGGCGGCCAUAUUAAGAUGGGUGUGGGUUUCAAAGCAGUUCACAUUGAAGGUGCUGUGCUGAAACACAUGGGCCAGCAGUCCAUGGGCCACUACCCUAUUCAUUUCCACAUGACAGGAGAUGUGGACGGGAAAGGGGGCUACACCCCGCCAACAUACGUGAAGGAAGUCUCUAUUCACGAUUCUUUCUCGCGAUGUGUGACCAUUCAUGGAUCCAAUGGAUUGCUGGUGAAAGACGUCAUUGGCUACAAGACCUUGGGGCACUGCUUCUUCACUGAAGAUGGGGCAGAGGAACGAAACACAUUCGACCACUGCCUCGGUUUGUUGGUCAAAGCAGGGACCCUGCUCCCGUCAGAUCGCAACAGCAAGAUGUGCAGGAUGAUAACGGACGGGGUGUACCCAGGCUACGUGCCCAGACCUCAACAGGACUGCAAUGCUGUCUCAACAUUUUGGAUCGCAAACCCCAACAAUAGCCUCAUCAACUGUGCCGCUGCGGGAUCUGAGGAAACAGGGUUUUGGUUCAUUUUCCACCACGUGCCCACAGGGCCUUCAGAAGGAAUGUAUUCCCCUGGUUAUUCAGAACACAUGCCAUUGGGAAGGUUCAGCAACAAUAGGGCUCAUUCCAACCACAGGGCUGGUAUGAUCAUUGAUAAUGGGGUGAAGACAACCGAAGCUAAUGCACGGGACAAAAGGCCGUUCCUCUCGCUGGUUGGCGCAAGGUACAGCCCUCACGUAGGAGCUGACCCUUACAAGCCAAGAGAACCUGCUUUAAUCAAGAAUUAUAUUGCCUAUAAAAACCAAGACCAUGGCGCCUGGCUUCGAGGUGGGGACGUGUGGUUGGAGGACUGCCAGUUUUCUGACAAUGGAAUUGGAUUAACACUUGCAAGUGGUGGAACUUUUCCAGAUGAUGACGGGGCCAAACAGGAGGUAAAGAACUCGUUGUUUGUUGGGGAGAGUGAAAACCGUGGAACAGAGAUGCCAGACAACCUUUUCUGGGGUCCAGGUGGCUUGGAUCACAGUGGCCGAGCUCUUCCCAAGGGAGAGACAUUUCCUAUGCGAGGGAUACAGAUCUACGAUGGCCCAAUAAACGUAGAGAACUGUACCUUCCGUAAAUUUGUUGCUCUGGAUGGUCGUCACACCAGUGCUAUUGGGUUCCGGUUCAACAACUCGUGGCAGACCUGUCCAAAUAACAACAUGACCAACAUCACAUUCCAAGAUGUCCCGAUCGCAUCACGAGUUUUCUUUGGUGAGCCAGGCCACUGGUUCAAUCACUUGGAUUUGGAUGGUGAUAAAACAACAAUCCUACAUGAUGUGGACGGCUCGGUAUCAGAGUAUCCUGGAGCCUAUAUCGUUAAGCAUGAUAACUGGCUCCUCAGGCAUUCGGAUUGCAUUGAUGUCCCAGACUGGCGAUCUGCUAUCUGCAGUGGUCACUACGCCCAGGUUUACAUUCAGGCCAAGCAUCCAUCAACGCUGAAGAUGAAGAUAAUUAAAGAUGAGUAUCCCGAUAAACCGCUCUUCCUAAAGGGAGCCCUGGGCAGACAUUCCCAUUACCAACAGUACCAGCCUGUGGUGAUGCUACAGAAAGGAUACACAGUGCACUGGGAUGGACUCGCACCCCAGGAACUCACCAUAUGGCUCAUCAACUUCAACCAGAAUGACUGGAUACAAGUGGGACUUUGUUAUCCUAAAGGCAGCAUGUUUAGCAUCAUAUCGGACAUCCAUAAUCGCUUGUCGAAAAGGACGUUUAAGACUGGAACCUUUCAGAGGACGUACAAGAUGAACAACCUGGAUCACGGCCACCCGGGCAGAAGCUAUUAUUUCUUCGAUGAAGACACUGGGCUUCUCUUCCUGAAAGUGAAAGCCCACAAGAAACGGCACACGUUUGCUUUCUGCUCAUUACAAGGCUGCGAGAGAAUAAAGAUCAAAGCCUCCUUUGCUGACAAAAGUAGGGUCAGCGACUGCGUAUUGACAGCCUAUCCCAAGUACAGCCAAAUGCCAACGGUUGAUGUCCCUAUGCCAAAGAAAUUACCAACAGCACAGCUGAGCAACAGUGAUCACUUCGUUGAGGUCAAACUUGAAUCCUAUAAAAUGAGGUUCUUUCAUAUAAGAGAAGACAUGGCCUAUUCUGAAGUGAAUGGGAAGAAGUAUCACCACGACGAUGAAGGAAUGCAGAUUGUUGUGAUAGAUGGAAAGACCGGAAAAGUGGUGGAUAAUAGAAGUUUCAGGCGUGCAAUCCUGCGAGGAAUCCCAAUGCAUGUGGAGAAUUAUGUGGCAAACAUGAAGAACAACUCCAUUGCACUGGUAACAUCCAAAGGAAGACUAAUUUCAGGAAGACCUUGGAUGAAAGUUCUGGCAGAACUUGGAGCCACUGACAUAAAGCUGAAGGAUAAAUUGGUAUUUGUCGGAUAUAAAGGAAGUUUCAAACCUGAGUGGGUCAAGCUCGCUGUUGGGGAAGAUACAGCCCUACUUCAUGAGGUCCUCCCAAUCCCCAUCACAAAGAAGUUGAAACUAUGAGCGGCCGCACUUCACUGCAGAGGCUGAAUGCAAGUCUGGGUAUACAGGAUCAAUCUUGGAAUACUACUGAGUUUUAAAUGCAGAUUGUUGCAACAUAGUCAAAGUUCCCAAGAUGUUGCGGUAGUACAAUAUAUUUAACAUUGUGUUUAUUUGUCUGUGAACAAGGCUUGUUUCAAAAGCUGAUAUUUGUAGACAGUACUUGAGAAACCAUUUUAACUCCAAUCUUUCCAUACACCCGAAAUAGCUGGUCAUUUUCGGAUAUGCUAUUCUUCCUACGUCUGUAUGUUGAGGUGUUUUCAACCUGACUUUAUUUACUGUUGUAUGUAAAUUUCUAUUUAUUUAUUGAGUCACUAUAGAACAACACCAAGACACUCGUGGAACUGUAUUGUACAAUUUACAUGUAUUUUCCAUUUAGCUGUUGCUUUAUCUGGUAACACCGCUCUCCUGAAAUAAUGGCAUUCUAAGUGUUGGCUGAGAUUGUAAUUUAUUAGAGUUGAGAUGCAUUUCAAGGGGACCUUUGGAUGUAAUUUAUAACCUAUCAUUUGAAUAAAUUACAGAUUGUCUAUGUGAUGUUUCCUAAUAAAUGUAAAGCUGAAAAGGA